CUAAAAUUUCACGUAGCUUAGCUUAGCUUCGAAAAGCGAAAAAAAUAAUCUUGAAAUCAAAGCUUCCCGUGCUAAAUGUACACAUCUCAAUCGUACACAAUUUUAAUACUUUUGAUUUACAAGAUUUGUUUGAUGGCUUCCAUGAAACAUGACUACGGCUUUGAUGUGAAGGAAUUCAAGGGAAACUGGUGCCGACAAAGAAAAGCAAAGUUAGAUUGGGAGGCUAUAAUUGAGCCCUGUAAAUCCGAUUUGGAGUACAAUUUUAAACCGAGAUCUUCUACAUUAGGUGAUGCAACAUCCGUCGAAAAGAGUAUGGUAUUCGUAAAGGUGGCACCUGCAGGUCAAUUUUCGCAUAUCCGCAUAGAAUCACGAGACAUGUUAGGUAAUCUUAAACUUUACGGUGGCGAUUCGUGGAGAGUGACGCUCAGAAAUCCAGAGGCGACAAUUGCAACGGACGUAUUUGAUUUUAAUAACGGAUCAUACGAAGCGCUGACACUCAUCAUGGAGCCAGGGAUGUAUGAGUUGGAUUUAAGAUUGGAUUACACACUAUGUGAUGGACUACGCAACCCACCAGUUGAGUGGUUUCAUAAAGUUCAUUGCUCCGGUGUUUUCAAAAACCAACAAGAUAUUGGCACCGAGUUGUUUGCCAAUAUGCAAGAUUAUAUUAAUAAAAAAUUGGACAACUCUCAAAUUCUUACUAUCAACGUUCCAGCUUCUAAUCUCAACCUUAUUGAUCAUGCCAGAUUGAUGGUCGAAGCCGAGAAUGAAUGCGAGUUGUCGUGUAAAAAGAAAUUAUGGGAUGGUUAUGGUCGCUGGUCUUUAGACAGUAAAUGGAAACCUUUCAUUGAGGAGAUAAAUUUGCCUUCUUCUUUAGAUGGGUGGCAUACGUUCGAUGGACGUAAGAACCUGGAUUAUACGUCCAACCACACUGAAGGCGAAGGAAUAUUUUGGAUUUAUGGUGACUCGCUGAGUUACUAUUUUUUCGAAUCAUUUUCAAAGGCUAAAGCCCAGUUUUGCACAACAAGCUUCAAAAUGUGCAAUGUAUCAUACAACUGGAUCUAUCCAAAAACCUUGUAUGAAUUAACUGAAACAUGCAGUGAGACAAAGCUAGAAGUACCUAAAGUUCUUCACUAUCUUCGUGAAGUAACUAACAAUCCCAACAUGAUUGAUUAUAAUUCUGUUCUCUUAUUCAACGCUGGUGCACAUUAUGUAAAGACAACCAAUUUUGAUCAAUACAAAGAUGCCAUCCGUGAAAUAGCAAAAGUGUUGAGUCAGGAAUUUAUUGGCAAAGCCAUAUGGAAGUCAACGGCAGCGGUGCACGAUCAGACUGCUACAAUUAUGGGAUCAUUUCGAAGAUUUACAACUGAUCACCGUGUGAAGCUGUUCAAUGCUUACAGUAACGAUGUGAUGUGCAAGGCUGGUGUUUCGUUUCUGGAUAUCUAUCCCAUGUCAGCCUCGUAUCCAUAUGGAACAAAAGAUGGCAUACAUUAUGAUAGUAAAGUCUUUUAUCCUGUCGAAGAUCUUUUAGUCAACUAUUUUGAUCGUGAGUACAGACAAGGCAAUGUACUUAGCUAUGAUGAGAUGAAAACAUAUGAAGACGAUUUAAGAUAACUGAAUUGAAACGAUUUCUUUUUUAAAACAAAUUCAAACAUUUUUAAUUAUUUCUAUGAGAGUUAUAGACAUUUAUACAAUUUAGCGUUAAGCUGUUUUAUCUUUGAUGUCAUGUAUUGUUACCGUAAUGGCGAACUGAAGAAAUAAUUCAUCAACAAAUGUACUUAUGUAAAAAAUUAAUUAACUAUAAUCAAGGAGAUUUUUAUACGACCUGCUAAA